AUGGAGUCAACAAAAACUGAUCUAUUGCAUCAGGCUAGUUUACCAUCUGUUGUCUUAAAGAAGACUACAUUGUUUUUUAUCCCAACUCCGACGGGGGAGUGGAUGAAAGUUGAUAUCAAUGCAAUUGACUCAUUUAAAAGCACCAAGUGUUUCUGUCUCAAACAAAGCUACAAUGGAAGUCCUGUGCUGUGGAAUCCAACUACCGGUGAAUCCAAGGUCAUCCCUCGCAGUCGUCUUAACUCUGUGCCACCUUACCUUAGCUCUCGGUAUGUUGUUCUUGGAUUUGGUUACGAUUCCGUAACAAACAACUAUAAAGUAGUUCAAUUGACAGAUUACCGUCUCUUAAAAAGAGAACUCAAAAGCACUUGGGAGUUAUAUUCUCUAAGAAACAACUCAUGGAAAGAGCUUGAUACUUUGAGACCAAAUCAUCGUUACUAUUCACUAGCUCAGAAUGUCGGAAUGUAUGUGAAUGGAGUGUCUCAUUGGUGGGCUAGAAGUGAGUCUAAAUAUGAUAUGGAAGAAUGUUUGAUAUCAUUUGAUUUUAGCACUGAGGUUUUGUUUACCACACCAGCACCCUCGUACUUGGAUGAUACUCUUUCAUCGGAGAAUCACUUGGUGCUUUUAAAUGAAUCAAUUGCCUUGAUAUCAACUUACAAAGAGACUAGUACUUUUCAUAUAUCAAUUUUGGGGGAACUGAGUGUCAAAGAAUCAUGGACCAAACUCUUUGUUAUUAACCACCUACCUUUCAUCCACUACCCCAUCGGAGUCGGGAUAAAAAACAAUCUAGUCUUCUUUAAGAAAACGGAUGGUAAACUAGCCUGCAUUGACUUAAAUACUAAGAUGAUUGAAGAGGAUCUUGGUGUUAAUCUAUGGCAUUAUGGCUCUCAAAUUGGAAAGUACAAGAAGAGCUCUCUUCCUAUAGGAGGAAUGCAUAAGUAA